CCUCUCCCACCUCUCCUCCCACCGCGUGGGUGCCAUGGCAACCGAGAGAGCCUGCACCUAGGUUCCGGAACCCGGGGAGCUGUAGCUUUGAAGCAAUUCCGGCCAAAGGAUGCUGAGUCCAGAGCGCCUAGCCCUACCGGACUACGAGUAUCUGGCUCAGCGACAUGUCCUUACAUACAUGGAGGAUGCUGUGUGCCAGCUGCUCGAGAACAAGGAGGAUAUUAACCAAUAUGGCAUUGCCAGGUUCUUCACUGAAUAUUUUAACAGUGUAUGUCAAGGAACUCAUGUUCUCUUUCGAGAGUUCAGCUUCAUCCAAGCCACUCCCCACAACAGGGCCUCAUUCUUACGGGCUUUCUGGCGAUGCUUCAGAACUGUGGGCAAAAAUGGUGAUUUGCUGACCAUGAAAGAAUAUCACUGUCUGCUGCAACUACUGUGCCCCGACUUCCCGCUGGAGCUCACCCAGAAAGCAGCCAGGAUUGUACUCAUGGACGACGCCAUGGACUGUUUGAUGUCUUUUUCCGAUUUCCUUUUUGCCUUCCAGAUCCAGUUCUACUACUCAGAAUUCUUGGAGAGUGUGGCUGCCAUCUAUCAGGACCUGCUGUCGGGCAAGAACCCCAAUACAGUGAUUGUACCCACAUCAUCCAGUGGGCAGCAUCGCCAACGGCCAGCCCUGGGUGAGGCUAGCCUGCUGGAGGGAGUGGAGGCAUCCCUGUUCUACCAGCGCCUGGAGAACCUGUGGGACCGGCACAAGUACAGCUGCCCACCUCCUGCUCUAGUCAAAGAGGUCCUCAGCAACGUUCAGAGACUAACCUUCUAUGGCUUCCUCGUGGCUCUCUCAAGGCAUCAUGGAAUCAACCAAGCCCUAGGAGCUUUGCCUGACAAGGGAGACCUGAUGCACGACCCAGCCAUGGAUGAGGAACUGGAGCGUCUGGUGGUGAGGUCGAGGCUGCACAGAAUCUCGCGGCAGUACAGGGCUGAUGAGCCAGGGGCCUUUGGCUUUCAGAGAAGAGACAGACCUGAGACCCUGGAGAGAGGCCCCUCAGCUUCUGCACCGUCGCCCUACCCUCCUCGGUGGGGGACCCAAGAGUGAGGCGAGGGCCUGCUUCCAGCAGGGGAGAGCCAGAGAGAACAGGACUUCAGCUCAGACCGGCAGGGGCCCAGCGCCUGUGGGGCUUUAUUUCGACACCACUUUGUUGCAAUACAAACAGUCCAGAAA